AUGGCGACCUGCUUUUUGCUGCGAAGCUGCCGGGCUCCACACUUCCCUUCAGUACCACCGGGCCGCGGUUCCCGCCCCUGCGCGAGCUGCCUGGGGCUCUCCGCGCGGCCCUCGCCGGGCUCGGCCCCGCUCCGCCGCUAUGCCCGGGGCGCAGUGGGCCUGCCCCCGGCGCUGCUGCGCACCGACGGCUUCGUGGGUGGCCGCUGGCUCCCGGCCGCCGCCACCUUCCCGGUGUACGAUCCAGCCAGCGGAGCCAAGCUCGGCCAAGUGGCCGAUUAUGGGGUGCCAGAGGCCCGCGCCGCCGUGCACGCCGCCUACGAGGCUUUCAGCAGCUGGAAGGGGGUCUCUGUCAAGGAGAGGAGUUCAUUACUUCGGAAAUGGUAUGACUUAAUGAUACAGAAUAAAGAUGACCUUGCCAAGAUAAUCACAGCUGAAAAUGGAAAGCCACUGAAGGAGGCCCAGGGGGAAAUUUUGUAUUCUGCAUUUUUCCUAGAGUGGUUUUCAGAGGAAGCCCGCCGCAUAUACGGUGAUAUCAUCUAUACUUCAGCGACAGAUAAGAGGAGCCUGGUCCUCAAGCAGCCUGUAGGAGUGGCUACAGUCAUCACCCCGUGGAAUUUUCCCAGUGCCAUGAUCACCCGGAAGGUGGGGGCUGCCCUGGCAGCCGGUUGCACUGUGGUGGUGAAACCUGCCGAAGAUACGCCUUUAUCUGCCCUGGCACUGGCUGAGCUUGCCAACCAGGCUGGAAUUCCUCCAGGUAUUUACAAUGUGGUUCCCUGCUCUCGAAAGAAGGCCAAGGAAGUGGGUGAAGCUCUUUGUACUGAUCCUCUAGUGUCCAAAAUUUCCUUUACUGGCUCAACAGCUACUGGGAAGAUACUGCUGCACUACGCUGCUGACUCUGUGAAAAGAGUCUCCAUGGAACUCGGUGGCCAUGCUCCGUUCAUUGUAUUUGACAGUGCCAAUGUGGACAAGGCCGUAGCAGGUGCCAUGGCAUCUAAAUUUAGGAAUUCUGGACAGACCUGUGUUUGUUCAAAUCGUUUCUUGGUGCAAAAAGGCAUCCAUGACUCAUUUGUGAAAAAAUUUGCUGAGGCAAUGAAGAAGGACUUGCGUGUAGGCAAUGGAUUUGAGGAUGGAACUACUCAAGGCCCAUUAAUUAAUGAAAAAGCUGUAGAAAAGGUGGAGAAACAUGUUAGUGAUGCAGUUUCCAAAGGGGCCACCAUUGAGACAGGCGGAAAGCGACAUCAACUUGGGAAAAAUUUCUUUGAGCCUACCUUGCUCAGCAACGUCACCCCAGAGAUGCUUUGCUCUCAUGAGGAGACUUUUGGCCCUCUGGCACCAGUUAUCAAGUUCAACACGGAGGAGGAGGCUAUAGCAAUCGCUAAUGCAGCUGAUGUUGGUUUAGCAGGUUAUUUCUAUUCUCAAGAUCCAGCCCAGAUCUGGCGAGUAGCAGAGCAGCUGGAGGUUGGUAUGGUUGGAGUUAAUGAAGGAUUGAUUUCCUCCGUGGAGUGCCCUUUUGGGGGUGUGAAGCAAUCUGGCCUUGGACGUGAGGGAUCAAAGUAUGGUAUUGAUGAAUAUCUAGAACUCAAGUAUGUAUGUUAUGGAAGCCUAUAG